GCUCCUGCCACGGCCACGAGAGCAGCAGUCCUCCGAGAGCUUCUCCUCCAUUUCUAAGAGACAUGACACGUUCGAAACAAUUCACUGGCAACCGUCCCACCAGGAAGAACUGCUGCUGCGACCGGAGAGAUGGCUUUGGAGGACAAAUCUUCACGAAGACGUUUGCGAAGAAGCAUGGAUCUGGGAAGGGUAAUUGGGGGCGCCCUGGAGAUGAAAUGUACAACUUGCCAAUGUCUGUGAAGGAUCCCUCGUUCGAUCCCACUGAAGAUGCCAUGGAUCAAGCGCUUUAUGAUCACAUGAAGUCGGGUGUCGAAUGGUCCCCUGAUGGAAGCCCAAGAUUGUCGUAUUCGUCAUCUGAACUGGAGAUAGAUGGGUUUGACUUCUUUGACGAAGACUCCUCUUAAGUGCUUAGAGAUCUUUUGUUUCUGUUGGUUGUGCUAGGGUUGCUUGUUUGUUGCGUAACUCGGAAGGAUAUUAUGUCGUAUUGCAAAGCGCUUGUCACCUAUCCGAGCGCGGAGUCUUUCGUUUCCGUGUAAUUUUUGUAUUAUAUAAAAUUUAUCCAGAGAAUA